CAAAGCUUCAAAAACUCUCAACUUUCAGAUAACCUCUCUUCUCAACAACAUGCCUUCUGAAUUCAGUGAAUCUCGUCGGGUUCCUAAGAUUCCCCACGGCCAAGGAGGAUCUGUUGCGAUUCCGACGGAUCAACAAGAGCAGCUUUCUUGUCCUCGCUGUGAAUCAACCAACACCAAGUUCUGUUACUACAACAACUACAACUUCUCACAACCUCGUCAUUUCUGCAAGUCUUGUCGCCGUUACUGGACUCAUGGAGGUACUCUCCGUGACAUUCCCGUCGGUGGUGUUUCCCGUAAAAGCUCAAAACGUUCCCGGACUUAUUCCUCUGCCGCUACCACCUCCGUUGUCGGAAGCCGGAACUUUCCCUUACAAGCUACGCCUGUUCUUUUCCCUCAGUCGUCUUCCAACGGCGGUAUCACGACGGCGAAGGGAAGUGCUUCGUCGUUCUAUGGCGGUUUCAGCUCUUUGAUCAACUACAACGCCGCCGUGAGCAGAAAUGGGCCUGGUGGCGGGUUUAAUGGGCCAGAUGCUUUUGGUCUUGGGCUUGGUCACGGGUCGUAUUAUGAGGACGUCAGAUAUGGGCAAGGAAUAACGGUCUGGCCGUUUUCAAGUGGCGCUACUGAUGCUGCAACUACUACAAGCCACAUUGCUCAAAUACCCGCCACGUGGCAGUUUGAAGGUCAAGAGAGCAAAGUCGGGUUCGUGUCUGGAGACUACGUAGCGUGAUAGAGACUAUCGGAUCAGCUUCUACUUCAUCGGAGGGUUUCAAUCUAUCUUCUUCUUCUUUUAGCUUCUCUACCCUAACUUUCAGUUUUAGUUGAUCUGGUUCUUAUUUAGUUAGGUUACUUGUGAACGAAACUUCAAAUCAGAGAAACGUUUGUUUGUUUGUUUGUUUU